AUGACAACGACCCGACCGAAGAGAAUCACUCGGAAUGCCACGCCGGCUCCUCCAGUUGAAGACGAUGUGACCAUUGGUGAGUAGACUUUCUCUCUUCUUUGUAUCGAUCGACCUCUUCUCUUAACCCUCUUCUUUCUUGCAGUCCGCACUACCCUCGACCGCCUCAUUUACGCGGUGGACGUGAUGGCAAGGUUCGAUCGGACACGUGAGGACAUUGCGGCCGUGAACAGAGGAGAGAGUAAUAGAACGAUGACUGAGAUUAUGACGGAGGUCCGUUGGCACGAGCAUGCUUCAAAAGCAAGGAAAGAGUGUCCGUUGGGGAGUACGAAAAAGAAGAGACAGUACGAAGAUGAUGAAGAGGAAGACGAAGAGGGAGAGGAUGGGGACGCUCCGAGCACUUCCAAGGUAAUGAUAACAGCAAGAAAACUAGUGCACACAUGUAUGUUAAUCAUUGGAACGCAGAGAAGUAAAGGAAAUUAGAAACAGGUGUAGCCUAGUGCGAGAGCGGUGACGGCCGGGACGGUUGACUUAUCAGUUGCAGUCAUUCAAUUCCCCAUUGGAAUGAUUAUUCUUGCAGAUCUCGAAAGGACCGAAGCCGACACCAGAGAAGAAGGCGCCGACACCUUCCAAGGCAAAACUGGCAGCAAUGAAGAAGAAGGCGGAUGCGGCGAGACGGAAGGCUCAGCGAGAAGAGGCAAAGAAACAGGCGGAGCAAGACGGGAAGGAUGAUGAGGAGGACGAGGAACUCGACGAGAACUUCAUUGGAAUGCCCACCCUCAUCAGCUCCGUCAUCACGCCACCGCCACAGUCUCCCGACCUGGAUGCGACGCCGCCACAAUUGACUUCGGAACAGUUGGAUGCAAAAUCGUGGCUGGGCGAAGAUCCUCCGCUCUACCCGUUGGAUCUGGUGCCGGUCGUGGAAGAUGUGCCAGGAAGAGUUUGGUGCCCGCCGAGAGGAAUCUGUCAGGCGACUAACGAGCAGGUUGUGGAGAUUGGACCGUUGACCGAGUUGGAGACCUUGGAUUUGUCAUUGAGUCCGGAGGCGUUUGACUACUUGCUUCCAGAAAAAGCGGAACAAAUUCUGAUUCGCAUUUUGGAGCUCCGCAUUCCGCACUUGGAGAUGAAGAUGUUGGACCCAGCAAUGGGCGAGGAUGAGAGGGAAAUGAACAUCAAGCAACUGGAAAUCUACGAGAAGCAACUGGACGAGUACAUGGAGAAGCCAGCACUUCUCAGAUACCGGAUCGCAACCCUUCCUCAUCCGGCCAUGAGUUACCUUCCGAGAUAUUCGCAAAGUAUCGUCUUCUACAGUGAAAUUGAUCCAACCUGGUACUCCAGCAGCCGAGAGUGGUUCGACAAGACAAUCCGAAACCGCGACAAGAUUUGUCAGCAAGACUUUCUCGACAACUUCCAAGAAACUGAGGACCAGAUGAUUCUGGACUUUCAACGUGAGAUGCUUGAGAAGACAAAGAUCGUAGAGCAGCAACUCGCCGAGGAGAAGAUCAAGAACUUCAAGUUGCCGCUGGUUCACAACUUGGACGGAUUGACGCCGUUGGCCAAGGAGAGAAUGUUGGCAUUCCGAUCCCUACUCGCCCACGUCUUCCAGUAUGAAGACUUUGAGAAUGCGCACAUGACCGACCCCGCGUGCCGUGGAAUUUGGAGAAAGAUUCAACCGUUCCCAUACGAGAACGGAAUCGCAGUGGAUGAGGCCGAGGCUGAGCUUGUUGAACUCAUUUCCAGCUACAAAGUGCAGUUUGGAGCGGAGAAUCCGAUCAUUCCGCUGCCAGAGGCUGUUGAUAGUGAGAACGAGACCAGCGAGGAGGUUGGCAAGGCGACGGAGAGAUUUUUGGCAGAUGUCAUCGAUACUGUGGUCUUUAGAGAGCUAACUGACUUGGUAAGUAAGUUUGAUGCAACAGACUGAUCUGCCCGGCUAAUUGAAAGUUUGUUGAUUACUAAAUCAACUAUAUUUUUUCAGCCAACCUACCCACACCGGAUUCCUAUCUACAAACCGCGUUCUACCCGCCCAGCACGCAUCAGCCCGUCCGUUUCACGUGAAAGCAACACGUCGGAACAACCAACAAGCUCUCCGCACGAAGAAACUCAGCAAGACAUGUAG